AUGGCAGCAUUGUAUUUCUCAGUGCUGAGGCUGGGGAUUGACUCAGGAAAAAGGUUGGGUAGUAAGCCUAGGCCUGCGGAGUAUGGCUGCAGACUGCCGAGGGUGACCCCAGAGGGAGAGUUCCUCCCGCUGGAUAACGAGGACAUCAACGUGGGAUUCGACACGGGAACCGACCGCAUCUUCCUGGUUUCCCCGGUAACCAUCGUCCACGAGAUCAACGAUGAGUCGCCGUUUUUCGAGAUGGACCGUCGGACGCUGGAGGGCGACUCGGAGCUGGAGGUGGUGGUCAUUCUGGAGGGUAUGGUGGAGGCCACAGCCAUGACCACACAGUGUCGCAGCUCCUACCUCGCCUCCGAGAUCCUCUGGGGUCACCGCUUCGAACCUGUGCUCUUCCAGAGGAAGAACUGUUACCAGGUGGACUACUCGUUCUUCCACCGGACCUAUGAGAUUCCCAGCACACCCUCUUGCAGCGCUAAAGAGUUGGCCGAGCAGAAGUACAUCCAGGGCUCACGCUCCUCAUUCUGCUACGAGAACGAAGUAGCCCUGCAGCUCGUCUCCCCUGACAAUGACCCUGAGGGCAACCCUGGCGGCUGCCCCUCCCCCCUGACCCACCGAUCCUCCCUCUCACAACCCACCCACACUAACUAGGGAGGCGACAGGCAGAGGG